GGAGCGUGGAGGAGAUUUGAGACCGGAGCGCGCCAAAGCGCGGCCGUGCAGUUAUUUCGGAGGGGUAAACUGAUUUUAAAAAAAUCCGAAAUACGGGCAACGAUCGCCUUGGUCUGCCGUGAUGCGGACUGCUGCCGUCUGUCGAGAAGUUGGGUGCGAAGCGCAGCGCCUUUUCGAUCCGAGUCAAAGGCGUUUCUAAAAGCUCCCUGCUGUGCGCCGCGGCCCGGACGGGCUCUUCAGCGUGUUCCAGGUGUCCCUGUGUCGGUUCUGGUACCGAGAGGACCGGAGCCCGGGGCGGGUGUCGGUUCUGGUGAGGGUGCUGUCUUGCCGGAGCCGCAGUGGCCGGUGUGUCAGGGGUGCAGCUGUGUGUGAUACCGCUGGCGCCUGUAGGUGCUCUGACUGUCUCUGCUCUCGUCUGGCCGGGCGAGCAGGUGUGUGUGUCCCUGAGCCCUGGACAUGGCCGUGCCCUUCGUGCAGGACUGGGACGUGGUGCAGACGCUGGGAGAGGGGGCUUAUGGAGAGGUGCGUCUGCUGGUGAACAGGCAGACGGAGGAGGCGGUGGCGGUGAAGGUGGUGGACACCUCGCGGGCGGCCGACUGUGCGGACAACGUCAAGAAGGAGAUCUGCAUCCACAAGAUGCUCAGCCACCGCAACAUCGUGCGCUUCUACGGCCACCGGCGUGAGGGGGACACGCACUACAUCUUCCUGGAGUACUGCAGCGGCGGCGAGCUCUUCGACCGCAUCGAGCCGGACGUGGGGAUGCCGGAGAGAGAUGCGCACAGGUUCUUCCAGCAGCUGGUUGCCGGCGUGGAGUACCUCCAUGGAAUAGGAAUCACUCACCGGGACAUCAAGCCGGAGAACCUGCUGCUGGACGACAGAGACCAGCUGAAGAUCUCCGACCUCGGCCUGGCCACCAUGUUCCGGCACCGCGGGCGGGAGCGGCUUCUGUCCCGGCUGUGCGGGACGCUGCCCUACGUGGCUCCCGAGCUGCUCUCGCGGGCGGACUUCCACGCGCAGCCCGGGGACGUCUGGGCCUGCGGCAUCGUCCUGACCGCCAUGCUGGCCGGGGAGCUCCCGUGGGACCAGCCCAGCGAGACCUGCCAGGAGUACUCCGACUGGCUGCAGGGGAAGACCUUCCUCUCGCCCUGGAAGAAGAUGGACGCGGCCCCGCUCAGCCUGCUGACCCGGAUCCUGCUGCAUGACCCUGCCAGCCGCAUCGCCAUCCCGGACAUCAAGAAGGACCACUGGUUCACCAGGGGCUGCAAGUCAGGGGCGCAGCGGCCUCCUCUCUCCUCCGGGGGGCAGGGCGACUCCCCGGGCCUGGGGCACAAGCUGUUGCGCUCGGACUCCGAGAGGGUCCCGGUGGGCCGGGCCGGCAGUGAGGACAGGGUGCAGUUUUCGAGCUCCCAGCCCGAGCCGGUCACAGGCGCGUCGUCCUGGGAGUCCAGUCCCGGGAGCAUGCAGGCCAUGGUGCAGCAGAUCAGCUUCUCCCAGCCGGCCUGCCCGGAGCACAUGCUGCUGGGCAGCCAGCUGCUGGGAACGCCAGGGUCCAGCCAGACCCCCUGGCAGCGGCUGGUCAAGAGGAUGACGCGCUUCUUCACCACGCUGGAGGCAGAACAAUCCUGCGCUACACUGCGCAAGGUCUGCCUGCGCAUGGGCUACACCUGGAAACAGACCUGCACCAAUCAGGUAACCGUCUCCACAAUGGAUCGCCGUAACAACAAGCUGAUCUUCAAGGUGCAUCUUCUGGAAAUGGAAGAGAAGAUCCUGAUGGACUUCAGGCUGUCCAAGGGCGACGGCCUGGAGUUCAAGCGCCACUUCCUGAACAUCAAGCGGCAGCUCAGUGACAUCGUCAGCAGCCAGAAGGUGCUGCUCCCUGUCGCGUGAGGAGGCGGAGGGGGACUCGCCCGUUUCCUUUAACAGCAGUCAUCAUCGUUUUACAGCUCCUUGCUCCUGACUUCUGAAGCUGAGUGCUCGAAGUCUCCAGCUUCAGAAGAACUUUUGAUCAAUUAAAUGUAAGAAAAGAACAGUAAGUAACUAAGAGCUCUGCAGGAGUGCGGAGGAGCCGUUCCAGCCUUGGCCGAUCCUUGCUCGGGGUCGAGGGGAGGGCAGUGUCAGUGCAGGAGGGGUAACGUCAAGUUUGGGGUCCAGGCCAGGGGGACGUAUCGUGCGCUGUGUGCUGGAGGGCCAGCUGUGAGGUUUUAUUAGUGCGUCUCGUCGGAGGAGAAGGACAGUGCCGGAGUUUGUUGGCUGUUUAGUCUCGCCCGCUGGGCCGCUGGCCGCGGUGUGGCGCGGGGACGGGGCUCCUGGGGGGCAGAGCCACUCAGGGCCGUGGUUUCGGCAGGCCUGCCUCUGACAGCGUGCGCUACCGCGGGUCGGCGGGCUGGGGCGCGUGCGGAUGCCCUCUGCUUGUUGGCGCUCCACGUCAGCCGGGCUGGUUUAGCCUGCCCGUGUGCCUGCUGGCCGACGGGGUCGGGUGUGGUGUCCCAGCCGCGGAGCAGCGGCACUGUGGGAAGCGCGUGCCGGGGGGCGCCGUAUCUGAGCAGCCCGAUGCACGCGGUCUGGGGGGCCCUCUGGUCCUCCAUCAUUGUCCGCAGGAAAGUUCCGCCAUGACGGCUCUCAGCACAGCUGCCUUUCCCAGCAUGCUGCAGGGCGGCUCCUCUCCCUGAGCUGCCAUAGGCCGCGUGAUCCCCCUCGUCUCCAGGAACGUGUCUCCGGCUGCGUUCCACUCUUUGAGCUCACAGCACUAGGGACUCUCACAGUCUUGUACUAGUCCCAGAUUCAGUUUGCUGAAUGUUGUUCCUUUUAACAGGUGGUAGAUUGUAUUUGUGUGAAAAUAAAACUUGAAGAGUUAAA